CAUGAAGCACAUGAUUCCCAGCCGCAGCGCCAGAUUUUUAUGACACAACCCUAGAUUCGUAUAUCCCAUCAUUCCACCAAUGCAAAAAUCAGUUCUUUCCUCGAUCUCUGAUACCAUCACUCUUCUUCUAAAUACCCCAAUCGUCCCUCCGCCGUCCAAACGAACAAAGGACCUCGUGCUCACCGAGUUACCUCGUUCGACUCCUCGACGACGUGCGGAAGCACUGGAGCUGGAGAGAUCGCGGAGCGUAGAUUUGGCGGCUGGAGAUACGUGUUUACAGAGGAUGUCAGACGAAAGCGGACGUACAAGUACCCAGAGCCACGGAAGCAGUGACCAAUCUGUAAGAGACGACCUGCCUACUGGGAUGGUGGAGCCAGUCGUGCACCAGCUGUCUAGGCGGUCAUCGUAUAUACAGGACGAAUUGGAGGCUGACCUACAUCUGGCAAUGAACGCUGAGCACGCAAUGAGCCGGGCAGAAACGUAGUUCAGAACUAGUAAAACAGCAAGUCUAGUUGAUCGGUUUCAUCUAUUUUAGCUAUCCAAUUCGUAUAAUACAAACACGCUAUCACCAAAUUCCUAUCAUUAUCAACGCAGGUUUUCAGGCGU